UCUAUUUUUAGCCUUCUUUAGCUUUUGCUCAUAUUUCGUACUCUCCGUUGUGAGCUCGCUCACUGACCCUUCGCCGCUUGCCUUUCCCGCAACGCUUUCGCAAGGAGGCUCUUCAUCUGCCCUUAGUCUUGCCUCCGAGCUCCAUCUUAAGUUCUGCUUCAUUCGAUUUCUCGUUGCAAUUUAGGAAGCUAGGUUUUCCUGAUGGGGAAAUCUCCUGCAAAGUGGAUUAAAUCGGUGCUUUUUGGGAAGAAAGCUUCUAGAUCUCAUACAUCAAAAGCAAAGGAUUGCUCAAAAGCUGCAGUUGAAAAAGUGCAUGUUGCUGGGAAAAAACCAUCUCUUGUUGCUGUGACUUCUCCAGUGAUUUCUGAACCAGUUCUAGUAAACACCAAUUCAAGUGGUCUAUCAUCAGAAAUUAGGACAGCUUCGACUUCCAAUACUGGAGCUGUCACGUUUCCUUUAAGUCAAAGUUUGCAGAACCAAGUAAAUGUUGGACCUCAUGCUUCAAGUGAUGCAACCCAAGUCUUGGAAGAGUGUGCUGCUACAAAAGUUCAAGCUGCCUUCAGGGGUUUUCUGUCACGAAGGGCGUUUUGUGCACUGAAGGGCAUUAUAAGACUGCAGGCUCUAAUUCGUGGGCACCUGGUGAGGCGACAAGCAGUUGCCACCCUCCAUUGCACGUGGGGCAUUGUUAAGUUUCAAGCUCUUGUCCGAGGUCAGCGAGCCAGGCUUUCAGGUAUUGGCCUUGAAGUUAGAACGAAGUAUCGUCGAGUGAAGAAUGUGGAUAACAAGAAGUUGGACUUUUCAAAAGUGCAGCUGUCUUCCAGCCGAUUUUUGUGCCAGCUUCUUUCUGCACUGCCUGUUGCAAAACCAUUGCAGAUGCAUUAUGAUCCAGCGGAACCAAAUUCAGUCUUCAGUUGGCUGGAGCGCUGGACAUCCUCAUAUUUCUGGAAGCCACUUCCUCAACCAAAAAAGCCCUUAAAUGUGAAAUCUCGGGUGAGGUGCAGUAGUGCUGUGGAAAGUGAAUCAGUCAGACUAAAACCAAAUGUUCAUAGGAAUGUGCCUGCAAAGGUUGAUGUCAUGACCGAACCAGAGAGGCAUAAACGCCACCCGAGGAAAAUGCCUAGCCCUCCUGCUGAUUCUAUGGUGGAAAACCCACAAUCUGAAAUUGAAAAGGUCAAGCGCAGUCUGAGAAAGGUAUCUAGUUCUACCAAAGAGGCUUCCGAAAAGCCAGAGUCUGAAAAUCAGAAACCAGCUUGCACUCCGAGGAAGGUGACAACCUCAUUAUCUGAUGUACCACAACACAGUAUCGAGGAAUCUUCAAUGAAAAUUAAAAAUGAAGGUGUGGCACCUCUCGACAGUAAUUGUGAAUUCGAUGCUACCAUAAAUUCGGUAGCUUUGGAUGGGCCUAUGAAUCCAGAAAUUGUCGACAGUCCUGCAAUCAAAUUGCAUAUAUCAGAAGAUAUCUGCAAUGAAGAGCUAAGCUCGAAAGAUAAUCAGAGUUGCAAUGAAAUCCAGAAGAGUAGCAAGAGGAGGGUCUCUUUCCCAUCAAAGCCAGAACCUUUAGCAGAGAAUGCCUUGCAGAAUGCUCCCAAGUUGCCAAGCUACAUGGCAACCACUGAAUCAGCUAAGGCAAAGCUAAGAGGACAAGUUUCACCGAGGUUUGGAUCUGAUUCAUUGGAAAGAAAUAAUAUCACUCGUCGUCAUUCUCUGCCUUCUUCCAUGAAUGGGAAGUUAAGCUCACAAUCACCGCGCACACAUAAGUUGAUCCAAGCAAGCUGCAAGGAUGGGAUUCGAAAUGACAGAUCCUUCUCAUCAUCAAGAGAUGGUAGUGAGAGGGCAAUUCAAGUGGAAUGGAGGAGGUGAUGUUCUCGGAAUGGUAAUUCUCAAGUUCUUCAAAGAGGAUAACCUUUGCGAGUUGGCAACAGUCUUCAUUCAUACUGUUUGUUUUGAGGUGUAAAGUUGUGCUGUAACCGUUAUCCCCAUUUAGCUGUUGCCAGCGUGAGGUGUGUACUGUUUAUGCUAUGCUGGUAUUCACAGCUUCGAUCCCUCUCGAGUGUGGCACGGUUUCUUUUGAUCUGGUUGCUAUGCUUUUGUUUAUGCAACAGAGUUGUCUACUAAGAAUCCUCAAAACAUGAGAUAGUACAUUAUCUUGUUUGUCUUCAUUUUCCAACAUUUGGUCAUAUUAUAAGCUUUCUUUUGUGUUGA